AUGCGUACAACUCGCAAAGUCUCUGUAUGGCCCGUAGGGCUAGUGGGGGGCCGACGCUACGAGCGCCCAAUUGUGGAAAAAGGCAAAGUUGUUGGCUGGUACACUGGUUGGCGGGCAGGUAGGCCUUUCGCCAUUGAUAUGGCAGGGUUUGCUGUAAGUCUUCAGGUGAUUUUAUCCAACCCCAAAGCUGUAUUUAGACGCCACGGGACACAACCUGGGAUGCAGGAAUCUGACUUUCUGAGGCAGAUUACCACAAUGGAGGAACUGGAGCCCAAAGCCAGCAACUGCACAAAGGUUCUCGUAUGGCAUACUAGAACAGAAAAGGUAAAUCUAGCUAAUGAGCCAAAGUAUCACCUGGACAAUAUCAGAAUUGAAGUGUGAUCUGUCAGCACAAAUGGGAUAUGCCAUAAUUAAUGGAUGCAUCAGACAUGCUUACCAUAUUCAGACUGUACAAAUUGCUGUUGUACAACUGCAGCCUCUAGCAGCCUAAUGGAAGACUACUGGCAGAUAGCUGAAGACGUGUCUACUUAGGCUUCACUUACUUUGCAUGCAUUUCUCUGUCCUGCUUUAAUUUUCUAACUGUUCACAUUUCCUUUACACAUGUUCAGUGAAGAGGCGGUAAUGCACUGAAGUUAUUAGUCUAAAAAA